AUGCAGACAUUCGGUGAAAACCUGAAUAAUUGGAAAGUACCAUGGCCAUUAAGAUACCCAAUAGCAUUGGCAUUUAAAAUAGUUGGUAGAAGUAGAUCUAUAGAGUUAGCUAAAGAAUUAGGACCAUUAUAUUCAGAAUUUAUUAAUUUGCUGGAUAUUACACAGGAAUUAAAAAACAAAUUAGUUAAAGAUCUCUAUAACAAUUGGAUUUGUAAUAAAUGGAUUUUAAGUUUUAUAGAUGCUGGAAGAAUUCUUGAAAAUCCAAGUAUAAUGCAUAUUAUGACAACAAAUAAUUACACGGAAAGACUAAAUCGUACAAUUGAGUCUCAAUAUAGUGGUACAAGAACAGUUGUCAAUUUUAUUGAACGAUUGUAUGGCAUUCAAUUACUUCGAGAAAAUUUAACAGAUAAAUGCAGCAAUUUAAGGUUUGAAGCUGGACUUGCAACAAUAUUUGAUAUGCAAACAAUUGAACAGGAAUCACAAGCUAUGCAUAUCGCAUCAGAUAAAUUGCGCAGAAUAAAUCAUGGAAGAUUAUUAUUUCUGUUGGAUUACGUUAAAUGCACUGAUAUUGAUGAUUAUUUUUAUCACUUAAACAAGAUCCUGGAUUAUUUGGAACAUUAUGAAUAUUAUUUAAUCAAUAUAAAAACAGGAGAAUGUACAUGUUUUGAUUAUGUAUGGAAUGGUCCAUUCAGAGAUGUCUGCAAACACUGUCAUGCAGCGUCAAUUUUUAAAGAAUCAAUUGGAGUUUCAGAUCUAUUAUUGUUUAAGCAAGAAGUUAAAAAGGAGUUAGUACAAUAUUUUAAAAAUAAGCAAAGAGUAUUACCCACAGAAUCAAAAAAUCUAGUGAUAUAUAAUGGUGAUGUUGAAGCUGCAUAUUCAGAAAUAAUUGAUUUAUAUAAAACUCAUGGUAUAUCGAUAUUUAAAUCAUACUCCCGACCAAAUGAGAAUAAUAAAGAUCCGUUCCAGCCUGUAGAACUUGAUUAUCAUAAAGAAGCACAAAAAGAAUUAGAAAAAAAUAUUAGGGAUGCAAAGGAAAACAUUAAAAAUAUCAAAAAUCCAUAUAAACCUUUAACUGUAUUACCCCUUCAAGACACUCAAUCAACAAUCAUGCAAUCUUAUUCGCGAAAUGACUAUAUUCAGCCUUUACUAUCUGUUUUACAAUCAAUACAAACUUCCAUUGAUUUUUCUUAUAUAUUAUCUCCUACAAAUUUACCAAUUUCAUUUCCUAGUACCGUACCGUACUAUUCAAAUUUUACGGUACCAUCAAACAAUUGUCCACCUGAUCAAAAUCCAUAUUCUCUUUCACCUACAUAUCUUUUUAAUUCUAGCUCAUUUGCUACAUCUCAUAAUAGUAGUAUAAUUGCGUCCGCCAUCCAGUACUUUGAAUUUCUCAAGUUCUGAUAAUAGACAAGAAGAAAAUAGACUUUACUAUUAUAUUUAAAGAAUAUUAAAGCCUUUAAAUGUUUUAUAAAAUUAAUAAAGUCUGUUAAAUAAGUUUUUUCCAAUAUACAACAAAAAUAAAAAAAAAAUAAAAAAAAAAAAUUUUUUAAAAUAUCGGAAAUGUCUAUUAAUU